AUGGCGACGUGGAUGGCACACGCGCUCAAUCUUUUCCUUCUUUUACUGACAUUUAAUGGGAAUCCCGGUUGCACAACAAAGACAUUCACGUUUCCUGAAUAUCCUUACAAGGAGACAAGCAAAAAUGAGCUGAUGUUCCGUGAGUUUGAACAAGCUUGCGAAGAAAGUGGUGCUUGCAAGACAUUGUCACAACCACGAAGCAGCGUCGCUAAAACACGAUGUAUACGAGAAUGUGUGUCACCCUCUUGCUACAGAGAAAUUUAUCUUUUUGAUCAGCUUGAAGAAGGCGAAAUAGAUGUAAGAUUGAACUCAUUUAAAGGCUGCUUUAUGCAACGAAACGGGAGACCAAAAAAAUAGCCCGAGGGAAGCGAGAAAAAUUCUCGCGUUAAAAAUCAAAGAUCCACGAGAACGUCGGGUCGAUUGUUACUGUAAAGAAGACUAAGUGAAGUAUCAGGGUCCAAUUAAUAUAGCUCAGCACUUUCUUCUUAUACUCAUUACUAUUACUAUUGUUAUUAAUAAAUACUACUAUUGUUAUUGUUAUCGAUGCGCACAAAGUAAUUAAUUAU